AUGGGAGCAGCGGGUUCGAAGCUGGAGAAAGCGCUGGGAGACCAAUUUCCUGAAGGCGAGCGGUAUUUUGGGCUAGAGAAUUUCGGCAAUACUUGCUACUGCAAUAGCGUGCUUCAGGCGCUUUAUUUCUGUGUUCCAUUUCGUGAGCAGCUGCUGGAAUAUUAUUCCAAUAACAAGACUCCUGCUGAUGCAGAAGAAAAUCUCUUAACAUGCCUAGCAGACUUGUUUUUGCAGAUAAGCUCACAAAAGAAAAAAACUGGUGUACUUGCUCCAAAGCGCUUCGUACAGCGGCUGAAGAAGCAAAAUGAAAUCUUUCGCAGUUACAUGCACCAGGAUGCCCAUGAAUUCCUAAACUAUUUGCUAAAUGAAUUGGUUGACAUACUCGAUAAAGAGGCUCGGGCUAUUAAGAGUGAUCAAGAAGCUCCCCAUAAGAUUACAAACGGGCCAACUAAUAUAUCCUCCAAAAGUCCUCAAAAGGAACCCGUGAUCACCUGGUUGUCAUUUUUUCAGGGUAUAUUGACGAAUGAAACAAGGUGCUUAUGUUGUGAGACAGUUACGGCAAGGGAUGAAACAUUUCUCGACUUAAGCCUCGAUAUAGAACAAAACAGUUCAAUCACAAGCUGCCUGAAAAAUUUCAGCUCCACCGAAACUUUAAACGCUGAAGACAAAUUCUUUUGCGACAAAUGCUGCAGCUUACAAGAAGCUCAAAAGAGAAUGAAGAUCAAAAGGCCUCCCCAAAUCUUGGUCAUCCAUCUGAAGAGGUUCAAGUACAUCGAGCAACUGGGUCGGUACAAGAAGCUGUCCUACCGAGUCGUUUUCCCAAUCGAGCUAAAGCUCAGCAACACAGUCGAAGAUGCAGAUGCCGAAUAUUCCUUAUUUGCAGUGGUGGUCCAUGUCGGGAGUGGGCCUAACCAUGGGCACUAUGUUAGUCUCGUGAAGAGCCACAAUCACUGGCUGUUCUUUGACGAUGAGAAUGUGGAGAUGAUAGACGAAUCGGUAGUCCAGACAUUUUUCGGGUCGGCCCAAGAGUACUCGAGCAAUACAGAUCAUGGGUACAUCCUCUUUUACGAGAGGCUCGUCGUGCCAGGCAACACAAGCUGA